CGGAGAUGAAAUGUGAGCCCGGGUGGCCCAGGACUCAGGAGCGGGCUGCUUCGUCUUCCGCCUGAACGCCGCGGUCAGAGACAAAGAGACCUCGGUCCCAGCGCAACCCCGCGCGGGCCGGCCCGGGCUCCCCUCGAAGGCUCCCAGGGCAAUGGCCCCCCCGCGAUCCCCGUCUCGGGAGUGCUGACCUCUCCCUCUGACCGCCCUCCAGCCCCUCCGCGUCUGGGGCUCUCCUUUCGUUCCCAGCCCCCUUUCCAGUCUGUCUGUCCGUCGGUCCUGGCGCGCAACCUCCGGCCACCGGCUUGGAUGGACGCGCGGAGGCUGCCCGAGUGUCCAGGGAUCUUGCUUCCGAAGUUGGUCCUGCUCUUUGUCUACGCAGAGGAUUGCCUUGCUCAGUGUGGGAAAGACUGCAGAUCUUACUGCUGUGAUGGAACCACACCCUACUGUUGCUCCUACUACGCUUAUAUUGGGAAUAUCCUCUCGGGUACAGCAAUUGCUGGCAUAGUGUUUGGAAUUGUAUUCAUCAUGGGGGUCAUCGCUGGAAUUGCCAUAUGUAUCUGCAUGUGUAUGAAAAACAACCGCGGGACCCGCGUGGGCGUCAUCAGGACCACCCACAUCAAUGCCAUUUCCUCCUAUCCUGUGGCACCACCCCCCUAUAGUUAUGACCAUGAGAUGGAAUACUGUGCCGACUUGCCACCUCCCUACUCCCCGACCCCACAGGCUUCAGCACAGCGUUCUCCACCCCCUCCUUACCCUGGAAAUUCAAGAAAACAAUCCUUCUCCCAGAACAGAAUAUGUGCCAAUCAGAGAUCUUGCCUGGAAUAAAAUGCCUCUACUCAGAAACAGGAAAGGAUUGCUCUAAGGAAUACUUUUUUGGGUCAAACAAUAUGUCAGGUGGAAUAUCCAGGCUAAGAAAUACUGAGUUUUUACCCCUCUCUGAGCUGACCCCAUCUGGAGUACUGUUUGGUUCAAUGGUAUCACAUUUGAAGAGAUGUACUGAUCAAUGCAGUCACAUUCAGAGAAGAGUAAUGAGACAGACAAAACAUCUGAAAAUCAUAUUGCUUAAGGAAACUACAAUAUUGAUCCUGGAAAAGAGAAGAAUGAUGUAAGAGAGGAGAAUAGCCUGGAGUACAUAAGGAAACAACUAUAUUCUGUGUAGCUUUAAAAGUCAGAACUAGAAUUAUUCAUUCUUUUGUUCAUUAGUAAAUACUGUUCAAGUGCAUGAGAGCCUACUCUGUGCCUUUCACUGUUUAAAGCACUGGAUGGAAGCUACAGAAACUUUGGUUUCUGGAUAAGAACAAGGAACUUUGGUUUCAGGAUAAGAAAGAGGAGUUGGAGCUUCCUUAUUGACUAGAUUGUUUUGUGAAGUUUCCUAUUACCAAGACUUCAAACAGAAUCUAUCUGGUAGAGACAUGUUCUAGAAAGGACAGCUAAAUCAAAUGGUAGAUGGGUCCACUGGGACCCAAACAUUCUGCUCAUGGUUUAGUUAAGUGUGAAGUAAAUUUCUAUGCCUCCAAGAAUGAAAACAAUUAGAACAGUUUAAUCUUAUCUAUUUAAUUUGACAAGUUAAAACAGGAUCAAAGGGACUCGACAGCUGCUUGAAGCCAAGAACUCUUCAGUGCUAGCUACUGCCAUCUAAAAAUCAUCUGACUUUAGUGUUUUAUUAUGACAAAAGUUAUUCCAACUGUGGGAAAAAAACACUGUAUCAAGUUCUACAAACAACAGAUACUUCAUUUCAGAUUAAAAGAUUAGAAGCUGAAUAUUCCCAUGGGAUUUUACAUCAGGGAGUAAAACUGUAGAACUUGACCGUGAAGAUAUAUAACAGUUUAUGAAAAGAAGAGAAAAUGAAAUUUGCAUUCUGUUCUGUGGAAUUCCAUUCAUAUGUAGCUUAGACAGCUUUCUCUUCUGUAAUAUUUUGAAAAUAUAUUCCCUUGAAAAAGUUAUACAGUUAAUAGAAAGGUUAAGAUAUUGACAUCAAACUGUUGCCUUUUGCCAAAAUCCAAAUGUUAUGAAGUGCCUACCUUCAAGUAUAAAAUUUUGGCUAAAUAAUUCUAAUGUGCUGUAUUUUGCUGCAAGUGACCUUAACAUUUAUAUUUUUAUGUGGGCCCUUUCAUAUAUUUAAAAUUUACAUUGACAAAAUAUUGGGGGAGAGUGAUGCCACCAAAAUGAUGACAUACAUCAUUCCUGAAUUUGCUCCCCCUUACGAGAACAACUAACAGCCAUCCCAAAACAAGACGUCAUUGAGAGAAUCCUAGAACGCAGGACUGAAGCUGAAGAAUACCCCCCACACAGACUUCAGAGACUGAGAUAGACUGUAUUAGAGGGGUAAGAGAAGUUACUGCAUGUUGACUGUAUUGCCUGUUCCCCAGGACAGUGCAGCACCAUGGGGAGAGGUGUCUUCUGAGCCUCCACUUCCUCCAGUGGAAAAGAGAACCCAAGAGGGAACAACCAGCACUGCCCCCCCAGCAUUGUGGGUCACUCGUGAGCACCCCUACUCUCAUCCCAUACCACUGGAAUUGCAGGGCUCAGCCACUGGAAAUAUAACUAUGACAGAGAAUGAGGGAGGAGCUUACAACAACCAGCACAUGGAUGUUGGCAGACCAAGUUCAUAUUGGCAGUGCCCAAAUAGUAAUCUCAACCAGUGGCUUUGCUCAUCUGUAGAACCAAGCUAGAAGUACACUCUGACUGGGGAACUUGGAGAGGUACAGAUCUGCCUGAUUCAGAUCCUCAAACAAGAUGUUUGCCAGUCCUAUGGCCCAAUUUGCUCAUACGUAGGCAGGGUACUGAGUCACAGCCCCACACACUGUGGAGAGUGCCUUCAGCACCAUCUGACCAGAAGGGCUAGAGACAACUCCUGGAAGCUGUGUGGCCCAGUGGCACUUGAGCUGAGAGAAGAGCAGACAGAGCCAGUAGUUUGCAGAGCCAUUGGCCUAAUUUGGCCAGGGAACUUAAGGCGUGGGUCUUCUUGAGUUAAGACAAAGAGCUUUACCAGUUUUACAGCUGCUUCUCCUAUUGCACACAGAAAGGGAAUCUAAUUCAUGGCCUUGCUCAUGGCUAAAUAUAGCCUUCAGCUAUCUGACCAGGGAACCUAACCAGAGCACAAGGGAAGCCAUAGAGUCCAUCUAACAGCUACAUACAGUGGCGCUUGAACAGUGAGCACAACUUCCUCCAUCUGCAGAGCAUCACCUAAGCAGGGAAUUCAGUGGACACUCAGGCCUGAUUUGAAGCCCCCAAACAGUGAUCUCUAUGUGCCCUGAACCUGGGCUGCUGUCCUGCCAAGAAGAGAAGCAGGGAACAUAACUCCAUCUACUACUGAAUACAGACCCAGUCCCAACCAUCUAGUAAGCCUGAGCAGAGAAUAAGGCAACUGAGGACCCCAUCCUACAGCCUCACUUGGAUAGCGAACCAAGCCAGGAGUCAUAUCCAACUAUUUUCAUCCAGUGGUACAAUACCCCAUCCCUGUCCAUCCAAGGCAAGUUGCCUUGACCAAAGCAGUCCAUAAUAGCAGGCCCUGCCUGCCCAAAGACAUUACCAACAGACACACCCAGCAAAAUAAAAUGAGCUGACUAGUGAAGAACUAUCUGUGCCAAAGCAAACCUAUAAAGUCUGGAAGAAGAGAUUAAUUACUCAAAUACUCAGAUACCAAUGCAAGAAAUCAAGGAUCACGAAAAAUCAGGUAAAUAUGAUGCCACCAAAGGAAACUAAUAAAACUCCAAGAACUGACCCUAAAAAAAAUGGAAACCUAUAAACUAUCAGACAAAGAAUUCAGAACAAAUCUCUUAAAGAAGUUUAGUGAACUUCGAGAGAACAGAGACAGAAAACUAACAAAAUUAGGAAAACAAUGCAUGAACAGGAGAAGUUUGACAAGGAAAUAGCAACCAUCAAAAAAACAAAAACAGAAAUCUCAGAGUUGAAAAAUACAAUAAAUGAACUGAAGAAUUCAAUAGAGAGUUUCAAAAGUAGAUUCAAACAUGCAGAAAAAAAAAAUCAUCAACCUGAAGGAUAGGACAUUGGAAAUUACCCAAGGAGAAAGAAAGAUUAAAAAUAGCAAAGAAAGCCUAUGGAAAUUAUAUGACAAUGAAAAGGAACAAUAUGUGCAUCACAGGACGUCCAGAAGGAAAAAAAGAGAAAGGGACAGAAAGCAAUAAUGGCUGAAAACUUCCUGAACCUGGGGAGAAAAAUGGAUAUAUAGAUCCACAUGGCCCAAAGGAUCCCAAACAGUUUGAACCUAAGGACAGAGGGCUACACUGAGACACAUUAUAAUUAUAUAGUCAAAAGUCAAAGACAAAAUAUUUUUUAAUAGCACCAAGAGGAAAGAGAGAACUAACAUACAAUGAACCCCCCAUAAGACUAUUGGAUUUCUCAACAGAAACUCUUCAGGCCAGGAGAAAAUGGGAUGCCAUAUUCAAAACACUGAAAGAAAAUAACUGUCAACCAAAACUGUAUACCUGGAAAAGCUGUCCUUCAGAAAUGAAGGAGAGAUAAAGACUAUCUGAACAAACAAAAGCUGAGGGGGUUAAUUACAACCAGACCUACCUUACAAGAAACAAAACACAAAAAGGUAACAUGAAUCUCCCUGGCAAUGAAAAAUAUAUAGUCAUAACUGGAUUCUGCAAUAUGGUAAUAGUGAUACAUCACUCACUCACAACUCUAGUUUAAAAUUUUUUUAAAGGAAUGUAGCAAAAAUAACCAUAAAUACAAUAAUCUGUUAUUAGUUACACCAGCUAAAAGAAAUAAAUUAUAACUGCAAUAAUCUAAAAUGUGAGGGGCAGAAGUAAAAGUAUAAAGUAUAAAAAUUGUAUUUAUUUAUAGGCUUAAUAUAGGUUUAAAAUAGGGUGUUAUGAGUUUAAGAUAUAUUAUGCAUGCCUCAUGGUAACCACAAGGGAAGAUCUUGAGGUAAUCACACAAAAGAACACAAUAAAUAAGUCAAAGCAUACUGAUACCAAAAAAAUCGAAACACAAAAAAAGAAAGCAGGAUAAGAAAGAAGGAACAACGGAUCUACAAAGAAAUGAGGAAAAAAAAUUAACAAAAUGGCAAUAGUAAGCCCUUAACUAUAAAUAAUUACAUUAAAUGUAAAUGCAUUACAUUCUUCAAUCAAAAGACAUAGAAUGGCUGAGUGUAUUUCAAAAACAAGAUCCAACAAUAUCAAACUAAAAGAGACCACUUUAGCCUUAAAGACACACAUGGACUGAGAGUGAAUAUGAACAGACAGAAAAAAGACAUUUAAAGCAAAUUGUGCCAAAAAAAAAAAAAA